AUGACAGUAUUCACGUCGGCCGCUCUGCUCGCCGCACUCGCUAUCGUCGCACGCGCGCAUACUCCAAGUAAGCCGGACCUGUCGAGGUGUGAGGCGGCGGCACGGACGGAAACGGGAUGGGUGUGCGGCGCCCGGCGGCGCGCCGUCUCCGGCUCAGAAUACGCGAGCUUCCUCGCCGUUCCCUACGCUAAACAACCCCUGGGAGAGCUCAGGUUUCAGGAGCUCCUCCCAGCAGAACCGUGGGACAACAUCAGGGAAGCAAAGGUCGAAGGUCCCGUGUGUCCUCAAACGGACGUGUUCUACGGGCGGAUAAAGACGGCCAGCGGCGGCAUGAGCGAGGCGUGCAUCCACGCCAACAUCCACGUGCCCAUCGAAGCGUUGCCCGAUCCCAAAAAGCCCCCCAGCUUGGAUGCAAAAGCAGCCCCGGGUCUACCGAUCCUCGUGUUCAUUCAUGGCGGAGGCUUCGCAUUCGGCUCUGGCGAUACGGACCUUCAUGGCCCCGAGUACCUCGUCAGCAAAGGCGUUAUUGUUAUCACCUUUAACUAUAGGUUGAAUGUGUUCGGUUUCCUGUCACUGAACAGCACGCAGGUGCCAGGUAACGCGGGCUUGCGCGACACUGUGACGCUGCUGCGGUGGGUGCAGCGUAACGCGCGAUUCUUCGGGGGCUCGCCUGGCGCCGUCACGCUGGCGGGACAAAGCGCCGGCGCCUCCAUGGCGCAAAUCCUGACACUCUCUACCGGCGCACGCUCGCUGUUCCGCAGGGCAAUACUACUAAGCUUCUCCGACUACUUCAGCCCUUCAGCGCAAUUCGUCAAGACAAUAAACAGCCUCUUUUUUCCGCUACUAGGAAUCAACGCUACUCUUCCCGCUGACGAGAUCCAUCAGAAACUCAUCGAGACCCCUAUCAACGAGAUCAUGGAUGCAAACAAAAAGCUCAUUGAUUUGUUCGGCGUGACAACAUUCACGCCCAUCGUGGAGUCUUAUCAACCUGGGAUUACUCCGAUAUUAGAAGACGACCCCGAGGUUCUACUUGACAGCGGACGAGGGAGGGACAUUCCUCUGCUGAUAGGGUUCACAGAUGCGGAAUGCGAAUCGUUCCGGCCGAGAUUCGAGCAGAUCGACAUAGUGGGGCAGAUAGAAAAAACGCCCGCACUCGUUGUAUCACCUCGACUCACUUUCCUGAGCGGCGACCAGCUUCCCGUAGUAGCCGAACUCAUUUAUAACAAAUAUUUCAAUGACACGCUAGACUUGGAUGGCUUCCUGCGACUGUGCACGGAUCAGUUUUAUAAGUACCCAGCGUUCAAGUUGGCGAGUAAGACUUCGGGGGAAACGCCGGUGUUCAUGUACAGGUUCUCCUAUGGUGGAGUGGACAGUGCGUGGAAGGAGGGGCUAGGGUUGAAAUUCGAAGGCGCGGGUCAUGUUGAAGACCUCACGUACAUAUUCCGCACGAAUUCUGUGCUGGGCCCGCUCGGGGUCAACGAGUCGACGAGGCGCGACGACGACGCCAAAAUGAAGAACAAGAUGUCAGAUAUCAUCGUCAACUUCAUGAAAUACAGUCAUCCGAUGCCGGGCCCGUUGGGAGCAGGCCAAUGGCCGAAGACGGCAGCACGCCGGCCGCCGCAGUACCUGGAGGCAAACGGCCCGAAACGGAUAUUUAAAAAAAAAAACCCCACCUCAAAUCUGCAACAUUGUGUAUAUAAGAGCAUAUACGCAAUACAGAUGAAAAUGGAGAUACAACAAAUGAUGCAUUUUCGACCAUUAUACUGUGUGAGGACACACUGA